GUCUGUAGUCACUGUUUUUACAGACUAGAUCCGCUGGCAGCAUUCUAGGACUCAUUUUGCUGAAAUCUCACAAAGGAAUAUGGCUGGUGGAGAAUUUCCAUUAUACCUCUGCUUGUUUUUUGCUUGCUUUAUCUGUUGCUAUGAGGCCAUGCCUGCUAAAGUCUUCCAGCAGGCUUUAAACGACAGACCAGUGAUCGGUGUUUUAACUCAAAUAGUGUCAGAUGAUGUCAUGAAACCCUUUGGGAAGACAUACAUACCUGACUCCUAUGUUAACUACAUUGAGUCUGGGGGAAGCAGGGUGAUGCCAAUCAGAUUGACUCUUUCCAAUGAAGAGUAUGAAAGCAUCUUUAAGAAGAUAAAUGGCUUGUUUUUAAUAGGUGGAAGUGCAAAUUUGAACACCUCAGACUUUGCCAGAGUGGCUCAGAUUUUCUAUAAACUGGCUCUAACGGCCAAUGAUGCUGGGGACUUCUUCCCCAUCUGGGGUACGUGCAUGGGCAUGCAGCUGCUCACUGUCCUGGUGGCUGGUGAAAAUCUGCUCUCAAAUACUACAGCAGAGAAUGUGGCUCUGCCCCUCAACCUAACCACAGAGGCCCACUCCAGCAGGAUGUUCCAAGGUUUUCCUAAAGAGCUCAUAAAGGCUUUGGCAGAAGAACCUCUGACUGGCAAUUUUCAUCAUUUCGGGCUUACAGUAAAGGCUUUCCAGGAAAAUGAGGAACUGAGCAGUUUCUUCUCCGUGCUCUCCACGAACAUCGCUCUAAAUGGAGAAUACUUUGUCUCCACCAUUGAAGGUAAAAGGUAUCCAUUCUACGGAGUGCAGUGGCACCCAGAGGUGAACCGCUUUCAGUGGGACAGAAGACUGAACAUUCCUCACUCCACUCAUGCGGUUCAGUUAUCAUCCCAGCUGGCCGAGUUUUUUAUCAAUGAAGGACGGAGGAGUUUACAUCACUUUGACAGUCCUGAGGAAGAAGAUUCCUCAAUGAUCUACAAGUUCACGCCUGUGUACACUUCAAACUUUACUGCCUACGAGCAGAUUUAUUUCUUCUGAGGUUUCAGAAUAGCUGUUGAAGGCUGACGGACAGGGCCCAAAAAUACUGAGGUAUUACUGAGAGUCAGUCACUCCUAAGUAGAUUCAGCAGAGUUCUCCCUAGAACAUGUUUUUAAAUCUGUCAAUUUUCAGAAUCUUAAACAAAAUCAUUCUGACUUUUGAAUAGGUUAGGCGCUGCAUUUCUCUGUUCCCCUUCCCUGCCAGACACUUCAGGCACUAUACACUUGAUUUUUAUGUCAUCUUUCUUUUGAAGCUUCUAUCAUAGUGAAUAUAAAUCUAUUACAAAAGACAUUCCAGAAUAAUUGAAAUAAGUUGCUUCAUAUCUACUUCAGUAUUUAAAAUAGACACCCAAGCCCUAUUACACUAUAAUGUUGAUAAUAGUGCCUAAUCUGUUCUUUCUUACUAUGACAAGGUUUAUACAUAUUUCUAAUAUUAACUUACACAGUACUUCAAGUAUCAUGCAAUAAACAUUUGACUUUUAAAACACAUACAGUUCCAGCACAGUAUUUUCCUCUUCUAGUACCU